CUGUCACUUAUCGGACUAAACUGAACGAUAAAAGGGUCGUUUGAAGUUAAAAGUGUUAAAGGAGUUAAAGGAGCUUGGCAGACCGAACGCAAUGUAACUAUACUCUGUUUUUAAAAGUCAAAAUCAUCGUGACAAAGUAUAUUUCAUUUUUAUUACUGGUAAAUUAAAUCCUUUCGAAGAAACGAUCAUGGGAAAAUUUUUAGCGGUUUUGUUAGCCUACAUACUUAUUUGUAAUGAUUACCAAAUUUUCAGAAAUCCCACGGAACUUUCAAAAGGACCCAUGAUUUCUAUAUACAUUUUUCUCACAGCAGUGUUUCUUCUACUUUACGAUUUAAGAUUGUAUCCUAAACACCUGCGGAAGUUGGAUCGAAUGAGUCAAAAUAUAUUUGAAUUUUUUAUUGCAAUGUUUGCAAUGGAAAUUAUACUACUGGAUUUUUGGUACCCAUUGGGAAAUGGAGCAAAAGCAAUGUGCUUGCAAGCAGCACAGAAACUUGAAGAAACCUCUUAUGACUACAGUUACAUUGUUAAAUCACUGAAGAAUCCAUCAACACAUAAUGCUGUUAUCUGUUCUCUCAGCGUAUUCUUUUUGAUGGCUGUUCUUCAUGCAAUACGAGCAGUCGAUUUUAGAGCUCUUGAGGAAGGACCUGGUUGCUUUUGUGGUGACAUCAAAUAUAGAAGUAAAAGAUUUUUAUGUAGGAGAUUGAGAGCACUAGGAUUUAGAAAAAAGCGGGUUAAAAUCAAAGAGUGUGAAGAAAUAAGAUCUAAACGUAAACAUACAGAUACAUUUGAAAAUAAUGAUAAUAACGAUGAAAAAACAAUUGGAUCUGAUAUAGAUUUAGACGAUCUAAGUAAAUAUGAUGAUUUAACAUUGGAUUGUGAUGGAAGCAUAGAUGGUGAUUCCUUAAAAUUUGGCGAUUUUGAGAUACCCGACGAUACCGAUUUGUUACUUUCUGAUGAUUAAAUUAAUUUUUGUCAUGUUUACAGUCACUUAUAAAUAAUACUGUGUUUUAACGUUAUAUGCUAUGAAUAUUUUUAAAAUUUCUAUUAAAUUUAUAUCC